UGAAGGAUGAAAUGUGGACCCAAUCACAAAAAAGCGAAGGCCAGGCUUGGAGUCUUUGACUGACCGGACCUCCAACCAAGCAGAAAGUGGGACUGAAAGUUCAGCCGACCAAUCAGAACACGCCUGUCCCAAUCCGACAUCGGAGAGUCCGAGCAGCUCCGAUAGGAAGGGGAUGAAAAUCCGGGGUUGCGAGUCCACGAGUUGAUUGACAAGUCAGCCCGCCAGUGAUGACGUGCAGUGGGGGUGGUGCCGGAACUGAGGAACUUGGCUUCGGAGGCGGGCUAUCCGGUGAGUCGGACCGGAGGGGGGACAGAGCUGGAGCUCGGUACGCGCAGGGCGGCCAGAGCAGCAUGGCGGAAGACGAGAGCGAUCAGGAGUCGGAGAGGCUGGGCGAGGAACUCGAGGCCAUAGGUGGGCCGCGCCUUCCCCCUGGCCUGUCUCCCGCACUGAGCAGCCAGUAUUACUGCUACCGUUUCUGCCAGGUUGUUGAAGACUAUGCAGGAAGAUGGCAGGUUCCUUUACCGCAGCUUCAAGUGCUUCAGACAGCACUCUGUUGUUUCACAUCUGCGUGUGUAUCAUUCCCAGCUGAAUGUGAGCAUGUACAGUACGUGUUGAGUAGCCUAGCCUUGAGUUUUUUUGAGUUGCUGCUAUUCUUUGGAAAAGAUGAGUUCUAUGAAGAUCCUUUAAAAGACAUCCUGGGAUCAAUUCAGGAAUGUCAGAACCUCUUAAAUAGAUAUGAAAAUGUUAACUUGGAGUUGGUGACUCGAAUUAUCAGAGAUGGAGGACCUUGGGAAGAUCCAGUAUUACAGGCUAUUCUUAAAGCAAAGCCAGUUUCUCAGGAGUUAGUUAACAAAUACUUAAGUUCUGAAAAUCCACUCUUCUUUGAACUGCGUGCCAGAUACCUUAUAGCCUGCGAACGCAUCCCAGAGGCAAUGUCUCUCAUCAAAUCUUGCAUGAAUCAUCCUGAAAUUAGCAAAGACCUAUAUUUUCAUCAAGCAUUUUUCAUGUGUCUCUCCAUGUCAUCACUGGAAGAUCAGCUAUUCCAGGAGCACUUGCUAAAAACUGACUGUAUGAAUGGUGUUGAAAUCAUCUGCAACAUUGCAAAAGAAGGGAAGACCUCCUUAGCCUUGUGUCUUUGUGAGUCAUUCCUUAUUCCACAUCUGCAAAAAGGAGAUAUGUAUUGCAUCUGGGAACUGAUUUUUAUUUGGAGCAAACUACAGCUUAAAUCUAAUCCAUCGAAACAAGCAUUUGUAGAUCAAUGCUACCAUCUUCUAAGAAUGGCUACAAAUAUAAGAGUUAUUUUCCCUUUCAUGAAAGUUAUUAAAGAUGAAGUUGGGAAGGUUGGUUUGCAGAUUUGCAUUGAGAUAUGUGGCAGUGCUCUCCAGCUGGAUCUCCGUGAUGAUCCAAAAGUGAAGUGUUUAAUCUAUAAAACUAUUGCUUACUUUUUGCCAAAUGAUCUGGAGAUUGUCAGAAUAUGUGCACUUUCCAUCUUUUUCCUUGAGUGCACCUCGGAGUCCUAUUCUACUGUUGAACAUCUGUAUAAACAUGCUGAUGAAGAAUACAACGAACAAAUCAGUUCUGUUCAGAAUCGUGUGCGUUUUGAGUUGCUUCCAAUUUUGAAAAAGGGUUUGUUUUUUGAUCCUGAAUUCUGGAAUUUCUUGAUGAUCAAGCAGAACUGUUUAGCCUUACUAAGGGACAAAGCAUCAGCUGACAAAAAUGCAAGUACACUGGAACAGUCUGCUCGUACACAGAAGUUGCCACGUCGGGCUUUGCGUAGUGAUCAUUCUUGUCUAGCAGAUGUAAGCAAUGGAGAACUCGGCCAUGAGGAGCCUUCUGGAGCACAGUCCAUAUGUCAUGGUAAUUUCAGAAAGAACCACAUGGAUCUUGGAUCGUCUAAAACCGAUCACAAUGUACCUAGGCACCGCUGUGUGCUAUGCAACAGAGAAUUUCUUGGAGGUCAUAUUGUGAGACAUGCACAGGCUCACCAGAAAAAGGGCAGUUUUUCAUGUGUAAUGUGCCGCAGAAAAUUCAGGCAAAAAGGAGUAAUGCUUAAGCACUUAAAGAAUCAUAUCAAGAAGUUGACAAGGCAUCAACUUGCUUUUACGUGUCAUGAUCAAAAAUCCUCUAACAUAAAUGAACUAACCUGCUCUGGUACAGAUGUUCCUCUUGAAAAUGGGAAAUUGGAGAACCCUGAAGAUAACAAAAUGGAGGUUAUCAUUCCAGGUACUGAUCACGAGACACAGAAUGCUGAAUCCCCGUUGACAGUGACUGAAAAUCAUGUUAGCAACCUGGAUACCAGUAUUGAAAAUGGUAGUUGCGACAGCUGUUCAAAUAACACUCCUGAGCCAGAAACUGCAGAAGGAUUGCCAGAAAGUGAUGGCAGCUUGAAUAAGGAGUUCCCCAUACUUCACAGAAUAAAUGGUGUAGUAUGCUCUCAAAAUGACCUGAACAUUAUGGACCAAGCAGGCAACUUCAAGUGUCCUGCAAAUGGCUGCAUUAGAGUCUUUAAAAAGAUUAGGUUUCUGAAUAAGCAUGCACGGAAAGCUCACCCUGCUGAUCUGAAUGUGCAGGAGCAUAUAAUGAAGUCAAACAAAGGAAAAUGUCGGUUUUGUCAGAGAAAAUUUUUUGAUUGUCAACAUUUUAUUGACCACCUAAAGCAACAUGUAUAUCCAAAUGUAUAUUUUUGUUUACAUUUUAAUUGUAAUCAGAGAUUUAAGUUGUCUGCUGAGCUUGCAGAGCAUACAAAAAGUCACAGUGACUUUAAAGCUCAGUGUAAUUUUGGAGAGUGCAGUGAGCUUUUUGAGGACCUUUCGUCGCUGUUUGAACAUGAAGCUCAACAUUAUUCAAAUAAAACGGAUCAAUUGGAAGAGGUCAAUGAAAAUAAUUCUUCAGAUGUUGUGUUGGAACCCCAGAGCAGCAUUCAAGAGACAGCAAAAAGUAGUCAUGAAAAAGAGGCUGCAAUAGACUUGCCUGUUCCAACUUGGAAAGCAAAGAAAGAUUCUAUAGAACCAAAGACUUAUAUCCAGAUUGAGAAAAAAAUAAACAGUCUAAUACAGAAUGGGAAUGAAAAUGCAUGUGAUGAUCCUGCUAUGGUUGUGAACUUGAUAGACCAAAAGAUACCUGCGAUAGAGCCAAAUUCUGAGAACUGUGAAGUUAGCAACCAGUUAGUCAAUGGACACAGUGAACUGGAACAGGUUUCUUCAGAUAGUGUUGUGGAAAAAGUGACUGACGACACAAGGACAGAAAAUGGGUCUAUUCUGCCAGUUUUACACAACUGUAAUGAUAUACUACCAAACAGUAUUGCUACAGUCUCUCAGUUACCUUCCAAACCAAAUCAGGCAGCAAAAAACACUUCAUAUGGCUUCAUUUUGACAAAACCUUACGUUAGACCAUUGCCUCCAAGUUACCUUGAUGAACGGUACAUUAGCAUGCCAAAACGUAGAAAAACUUUGAUGGACAAAGUUGAUACUCAUUUAGAGCAAGACAAAACUUGUAGCAAAUCAGAGAAAUUAAGAUGCAGCAAAUGCCUGACCACCUACUGUAACUCAGAAGCACUUCAGCUUCAUCUUGCACAAAAGAAGUGUCAGACACUUUUUGGAUUCGAUUCAGAUGAUGAAAGUGCCUGAUCUAAUUUUGUGAGAAGUCUUCUCAGUUUGAGGAGUGCUGUGAUGGAACACUACAAUGUUUUGCAUCCGUUUGCUUUUUCCUUCUUGGCCUUAAUUAUAAAGAAGUCUGAAGUCACUAAAGAAAACCAUAAUCUUGCUCAGUCAAAGCACACUUGAGUCAGAACUAAAUUUUAGUAGGAUCUGUGCAGAACUCGAGUCCAGAAAACUGUUAUAAAUCCCCAAAGUACCAGUUAUCCAGAAGCCACAAGGUACCAUAUGAAGCCCAAUGUAACAUCGUUGUGCAGUGGCUUACUGUAUGGAUGUCGUGCACUGUGGCAUUGUCCCGAGGAGAUGCAAGUGGUACAUGCCUCUUUCUGAUUGUGCAUCUUCCUUGUCAAAGGAAGACUGUCUACAUUGUUUUGAGUAAUCACAUUGAAUGUUGCUGUGUGCAUAAAAAAUUGGUCAGUUAAAAGUUGAUCUGCUUGUAGAGAGUAAUUAUUUUUAGGAAGGACCAGCUUGGUGUUUGGAUUCCAAACAAUGGAGUGUAACAAAAGAGUAGAAAGGGUCAAGAUAAAGAUUGAUAAAGGUGUCAGUGCAUUCAAUAAGAACAGAAGCAUGUCUAAUCCAAACAUGAGUAGUAAAACUGUACUGAGAUGCACCAAAAUUCUUUUUUCUAAUAUCUGACUCAGGAACCAUCUAGGAAGGAUGCAGUCAUUGUGAGAUCUAUCAAAUCCAUACAAGUACUAUUUUGGGUAAUAACAAAAGUGAACACAGCAGCCAUGAUGUGAAGCAAGCUAAUUUGAGCUGGGAUAUACCACUAAAUUUUGCAUAAUGAUUAUUCUGAAAUGGGUAUGGCUGACACCUUUAAAGGCUAGGUUUCUCUACAAAAUGUGAGUUAAAAUAGAAGUGGUUCCACAAGGCACAAAAUAAAUUGUCAGAUACUAGGAGGCAAAGUUACUAGCAGAAGAACUUUGGACCUGUGUUGUAUCAAUAUAAAAAGACAAGCACUUAAUUUUCACAUUCUGUUUUUUUUCCUUGAAGGAUUCCCAUUAUAUAUAUAUAACAGUCCAUAAAACUGACAAAAACAAAUUCUAAAACAAUAAUUACUUCAGCUAACUGAAUGCCUAUAAGAAUAACUCACACUGUGCCUUGAGAGGUGAAGCUUUAACCCCCCAACCCCCCCCCCCCCCAAAAAAAAAAAAGUGUAAAGGCAGAAAAUGCCCAAAACCUGUUGGUCUUUUCUUGAGAAGAAACAAAUAUAUAAAAAUGUCAUUGUCAUUCUAUUGAGAAUUCAUUUUCUUAUCAUACAGAUCUUUUCAUCUCCUUGGGUUGGUUCAGAAGUCAUGGUUUAUUUUAACUGGUUACUUUGUCUGCAGGCUAAAUCAUUAUUUUAUAAUAAUUCCUGAUAAAGUUAUUUGCUAAAUUUGGUUUCAGCACUAUUGUUGUUUUCCCUGCCUCCUAACCAGAGACUUAGGUGGUAAAUAGUCUGUCUUGCAACACUCUAUUGAUGGGAAAUUGUAAUUCCAUCACUAGCUUACCAUUGGCCACAAGCGACACAAGGGCAGAGAAACUUGUCCUGGGAAUAUAAGGGCAUUGGACUAUUAACUGAUGUCGCCUUUUCCAUCCUUGGCAUAUAGGCUGGGAAGGUGCAAGGCAUAACCCUUACCAAAAGCCCCCGAAAAUAAUCUUCUGCUAUUGGAUUUCACUGCAGUCCCCCAAUGCAUAAGCUGUCCUAUACACAAGCUCGAUGCCCCUGCCAAGAACUGUGUCUUUGCUUCAAGCACAUAAGAUACUUGAAACGCACUCUGCACCCCACCUUAAUCUUACUUCAAUGUCCUCACAUGUUUCCAUGUCCAUGCAAACACUUUCUGCCUGCUAGAUAUCCAGAGUGUUCAGUAAUGAGAUCCCCAGCCUCAUGAAAGGUAAGCACACCCAUCAUCUGCUUUCAGGGGCACAGUAAACACAGGUGCAGUAUGAAAUGCAGUUUGAUCAACAAAGAAAGCAAGUAUCAAGCAGUAACAGCUAUGAAUGCUAAUGUGCUGAGAUGGUACUCAGCCCGUUAAGAUAACUAAGGCUUCACUUUCUUCCUCUUAGAGAUGCAUGGAAAGCAUUUGUAGCAUUGCUGGAUUUUUAAUGGAAUAGAGUUGGCUAGAGAAGUCUGUUGCCAAGCAGACUUGGAGCUGAACGUGGAGAGAGGCUUGAUCAUAGCAGAGCCAGUUGAAGACAAGAGUAGUUUAUUUUUUGAGCUGUUCUUGCCUAAUAAGUGUAGGUGGAAUGGGUGUGGAGCAUCAGUGAGAAACAAACCAGAAUAAAGUCAAGAUAGUGAAUCUGCAUGUAAGACAUAGCACUGGUAAAGAUCUUUAAGGUGUCCUAACCAUAGUGUGGCAGUUUGGAUUUGGAUGAUCAGGUAAUUGUGUUUGGCUUAGUUACCAUGUUUUGCAUUAUUUCUGUAUGACAGUUUUCACCUUCUGAAAAAUACAAAUGGAUCAAAGUUUAGGUGUGUUCACUGAGAGGGACUCUUUAGUAUUAAGAGGAUUAAAAAGCUUAUGGGUAAUUUUAGAGGGUGCAUAGGGUGUUUUUGCAAUGGAUAUCUAACUACAGUCACUUGAAUAUUAGUUUACUUUCCUGAUGCAUACAUAUGAGACUUAUGUUAGAAAUAGCUUACAGUUGCAAAACAUUGAAUGGUUUUGUUAUUUUAUUUAUUUAUUAUUUAAAUUUGUUAUACCGCCCACCCCCGGAGAGCUCUGGGCGGCGCACAGUCUAAAACGUCAAGUAAAAUACAUCCUAAAACACAAAAAUUAAAAUACAGCAUAAAAGCCUAAAAUCAACUGUCAGAUGACGAUCAAUAACCAAAUCAGGGCAGUAAAAAGAUCUUUCGCCCCCACAAACAGCAUAGGGGAUGGCACUAUCGACAACUGGCUCCCCCAAAGGCCUGGUGGAACAACUCUGUUUUGCAGGCCCUGCGGAAUUAUUCAUGAUCUCGCAGGGCCCAGAUUUUCGGAGGUAGAGUGUUCCACCAGGCUGGAGCCAAGGCACUAAAUGCCCUGGCUCGGGUAGAAGCCAGCCGCAUCAUAGAGGGGGCAGGGACCAACAGGAAAUUGACCUCUGCAAAGCUGGUACGUAAGGGGAGAGACCGUCCUUCAGAUAUGAGACCCCAGGCUGCGGAGUGCCUUAAAGGUGAGUACCAACACCUUGAAGGUGACCCAGAAUUCAAUCGGGAGCCAGUGCAAGCGGCGCAGAACGGGGGAGAUAUGUUCCCACAUGGACACCCCCGCGAGGAGGCACGCUGCUGCAUGCUGGACCAAUUUUAGUUUCCGGAUCAGCCACAAGGUAAGGCCCGUGUAGAGCAAGUUGCAAUAGUCCAGCCUGGAGGUGAUCAUUGUUUGGAUCACUGUGGCUAAGUCAGUCUGGAAAAGAUAGGGAGGCAGGCACUGAGCUUGGCAUAGAUGGAAAAAUGCCACCUGGGCAGUGCAGGCUAUCUGGGUCUCCAUAGACAGAGAUUAAUCCAGGUAGACCCCCAGACUUUGGACUGAGGAGGUCACAGAAAGAGUGAUACCCUCGAGCACCGGUGCCUGAAAAUCUGCAACCUCCCCUUCGCGACUUUGCGUUAUGUGAGCAGAGUAUAUAAUUUUGAAUUUCAAUUAUGGUUCAUUCUUUUAAAAUCAAAUUAUUAAGCUACUCUUGCUUUUCAUUCCUAAAAAUCAAGCAAAAUACUACAUUGUGUUUUAUUAAAAACAAAUCCAUCACUGAUAUAGUUAAUGGGAAACCAACAAAGAGAUGCUCGCAGGUAUAUUUGUAACACAUUCAUAUUUCUUAAUUGCUUUUAGCAGUUGAUGUCUAUGACACCAAAAGCCGGUUUUCACUGCCCUAUACAGUUACCAAGGUUCUGUGUACUCUGUGCAAAAAUCAAAAUUAAAUAAAAUUCAUUAAUAAGAAAAGCUGCAUUUUAAAACUAUAAGUUACACAAAUUAAACUCACUUGUGUAGUGUAUCUUGUGAAACAUAGAAAACUCGCACAUCCCUGAACAAACAUGAUGCCUCGGCUCUAUUUUUCAAAUUGUGUGCAUUGCAGAUAUAGAACAACUUAUAUAAAGCUGAACUCCAAUAUAAGCAUUUCUUCACAGAUGUCCUAUUUUUACAUUUAAUUGGAUAAAUUGCCAAUUAUCAGUUUUU